UUCAGUUACAGUCGCCAUCUUGUUGUCGUCGAGCGAGCGGGCAGAGAAGGACGACAGGCGGCCGACUCUCACACCUCAACCCCGGCGUUACUGUCCACCCAGUCAGGGCCUAACCGUUAGCUACAUGAGUACAUGGACUGCCUGCUAAUCAAAAAUCAUGGUAUCGAUAAGGCUGGUGUAGGUUUUCCCGGGUCGUUCAGCUCAAAGAUGGACGACAAAGCGGCGAGGGAAGACGCCUGCCGAGAGUACCAGUCCUCGCUGGAAGACCUGACGUUCAACAGCAAGCCGCACAUCAACAUGCUGACCAUCCUGGCCGAGGAAAACCUCCACUUCGCCAAGGAUAUCGUCGCAAUUAUUGAAGCGCAAAUCAGCAAGGCCCCAUCCUCCGAGAAGCUUCCAGUUUUGUACUUAGUGGAUUCCAUAGUGAAGAAUGUUGGAGGAGAAUACCUUGCAGUGUUUGCUAAAAACCUAAUCACUUCAUUUAUAUGUGUCUUUGAAAAGGUGGAUGAAAACACUAGAAAGAGUCUGUUCAAGUUACGAUCAACGUGGGACGACGUGUUUCCUCUGAAGAAACUGUACGCGCUGGACGUCCGGGUCAACUCAGUGGACCCGGCCUGGCCCAUCAAGCCGCUGCCGCCCACCGUCAACGCCAGCAUUCACGUCAACCCCAAGUUUUUAAAACAGUCUGAGGAGGUUUCCUCUCCGACGCCUGCCCCCACCCCGCCGGCGCCUGCACCUGUACCUGCACCUGCACCUGCACCUGCACCUGCAACGGCGCCCACUCCCCCGCCGGUGCCUGCCGUCAGCCAGUGCAGCCUGACGCAGGAGCAGAUAAUCCGGCAGCAGCUGCUCGCCAAACAGAAGCAGCUUCUGGAGCUCCAACAGAAAAAGAUCGAGCUGGAGCUGGAGCAGACCAAAGCUCAGCUGGCCGGUGGGUUUGUGUUACCAACGUCGACUCCGGUCUCCACUCCAGCAGCGCCGAAGCCCGUCAGCCAAACUGCUCCUGUGGUCCGACCCUGGAUACCUCCUCAGACUCAGGCAGACACCAAGCCGUCCACUAGAGACCCCCGUCUGAACCGCACUGGCCCCGCAGGCGCACCCCAACACAAAGAACAGCAUGCUGGGAAGAAAGCGGACACGACCACAACAGGAAGUCCCGCUCUGACACCGGAGAAAUCCUCCCGGCCAGACAAGGCCAGAACCCCGAGGAAAGAAGUGUUAGAGGAGAAACCCAAGUCCAAGUCUCCGUCUCCGCUGGCCAAAAGCAUCCAGAACAAGAACAAACAGGUGGAGCCUGAGACUCAGAAGUCAGCCGCCGACGGCACAAAGAAAGACCCCCGGCUGAGGAAACGGCCGCAGGACAAGAGCGGAGAGGCCAAAGACGAUGAGCUGAAAGAGAAGAAGAGAUGCACCGAGAAGAAAGAGCGAGAGGAGGCUGCGCGGGGAGGAGAGCCCCAGAGGUUCACCAAGGGGAAGCUGCUCAACGGCUCAUUGACCAAACACGACCGCGACGAGCCCUUGGAGAAGGUCGAGUUCAAGACCGGAGGCAACGCCCGAACACACGCUAGGAAACGCACCCGCUCGCGCUCCAGGUCGCGCUCCCCCACCUCCUCCCCGAAGAGGAAGGACAGGCGGUCGCCCAAGAGCAGAGCCAGGAGCAGUUCCCUGUCCCCGCCGCCCUCUCACAAACCCGGCAAACCCAGGAGGGUCCGCGCCGAUGAACCGGAGCACGGCAAGCCAGGCCGGGAGGAUCGUCUCAUGCCCAAAAAGAACCAGUCGGAGAGCAGGAGGUCAAAGAGGCCGGCAGAGGAGCGGCACCCUGAAUCCAGAGACUCUCACUCCCCACGGAGCCACGACGGAGGCGGCAAGGAGACAAAGGACGCUCCUCACCGCUGGAGGAGCGGCUGGGAGGAGAACAAACAUCUGAAACCGGAGGACGCUCACGUGAAGCCCGCGCCUCAGAGACACAAACAGUACGGCACCCCGACUCGCCCCACCACCCCCCGAACCCCGAAGCAUCGCCUCAGCGUGGACGCCAACCUGCAGAUACCUGAAGUGCUCAACUCUGCCUCCAAGAAGGACCUGCUCAGGAGGGCCAGUAAGCGUCUGGAGAGCGGGGAGAUCUCCGAGGAGGACUUCCUGAACAUGGCCCACCAGAUCAAACACUUCUUCCAGUAUCAGGAGGAGAAGCAGCAGCACUCUGAGAGCUGGGACGACUUCUCCAAGAAACAGCCGCUGCUGACCACGCCCCCCUCCGCUCAGCCUCGCCCCCACGACGGCAUGGACGCGGCAGAGCUGUCGUACUACGAACACAAGUCCAAGCUGAGGAAGACUCAGGUCACCCACCGAGCCACCGGAGAGGAGUGGGAGGGUGAGGAGAGCCCGGAGGAAAGCGAGGAGGCGGGGCCGGGUGAGAAGACGGGUGGCGUCCGCAGCAUUGGACACCCACCGCCACAUAAGUACAGCCGGGCACCGCGGGACAGGCAAGGUGAGAGGAGGAGCAAAGAGCGCGAGGAGCCCCGGCCUCCACCGGGCCCCAUGAUCGAGGAGUACAACCACGGCAAAGAGUUCCCCACCCUGAAGUCUCUACCCGGCCUCCGCUUCAGGAGGAGAGCCGACCCCAGAGAGUCCAGUGAGCGAGAGUGGAACUCGCCACUGACGGAGCGCCGCGAGGAGCAGAAGAGCGGCUACGAUGCUCCGCGGCGGUACGGCCAACACGGCGACACCAGACACCCCGACCCGAGAAGGCCGGAGGGACCCCCGCCCUCCGGGACCGUAGUCCACAGGAAGUGUCCGAGCCCAGCCGCUCUGGACCCGCCUGCCCCGAGGUUCGAGCGGGAGCGUCUGUCCCCUCUGCACCAGAAGGACUCUGCGGAGGUGAGCCCGGUGCCACGUUUCGAGAGCCCCAACAGCGAGCACUCGGACGACGGGCCCCUCAGUCUAGAUGCUCCUCCUCCUCCUCACCCUCAUCCUCCCCCCUCCCCCAAAUCCAUCCUCAAGGCGCCGGCCCGCGUAGGACCGCUGUCUUCUGUCCGACAGCACAGCGACUCCCCCGGACACACGCCUCCUCACGAUGGAGGACACCCCCCCUCCCGGUACGACGGGCCUGGACACAUGGGCCCCUCCAGACCGCACCCACCAGGGUGGUACGAAGGCAGCGGCCCCGGGCGUUACGAUGACUCGUCCCGGUUCGACAGUCCUCACCACCAGGGGCCCGGCAGGUUCGAUGCCGGCGGACCGCCUCAUCACAACAUGCCAGAGAGGUUUGAGGGACCCGGGCGGUGUGACGGCCCCCACAUGGCUCACGGUCCAAUGAGAGGAGGGGACAGUAUGGGGCGGUUCGACGGUCCACCUCACCCUCAGGGGCCCGGGAGGUUUGAGGGUCCCAUCGGUCAGCAGCCCCCAGUACGGUUCGAGGGACAAGGACCCGGACCGGGCCACUUUGAGGGCCCUAUGCAGCGCUUUAACACCAUGGGUCCGGGUCCUGGUCCUGGAUCAGGACCGAUGGGCUUCCAGCAGCAGCGGCCCAUGCGCUUCGAGGGCCCCCCCAACCAGAUGGGUCCGAUGAGGUUCGAAGGUCCCGGUCCAAUGCGCUUCGAUGGGCCCGUCCAACCGGGGCCCAGGUUCGACCAUCCAAACGUGCCACAUCAGGGCGGGCCCCCGCUGUACGAGUCCGCCCCCGGCCAGCAGGGCCCCCUCAGGUUCCCCCAGCACAACCUGCAGCCCCCCAUGAGGCCGAUGGCUCCGCCCAUUUACGAAAACCCCAUCGUCGCCCAGCAGAACUUCAACAUGGCCCCCCAGCGGUUCCCGGAGCCUAUGAACCCUCAGUUCCCCGCGGGGCCGAUGGCGUUCCCGGCUCAGGCUAACCUGCAGCAGGCGGGAAACUUCAACAUGCAGCCGGGACCGCCCUUCACCCAGCCGGGCCCCGCCCCCUUCUACAACCCCGCGGCCCCCGCCAUCGGCAUGCAGCAGCCAGUGAACAUGAUGGGGAACCUCAACCAGCCCUUCCUGCCUCAGAACACAGUGCCUUUCAGACAGCAGACUCCACAGGUCGCCACUGCAGAGAACCACUUCGGUCAGGUUGACGUCAAUGACCUGCUGUCCAAACUCAUCUCCACCGGCAUCAUCAAACCCUCGCAGCCCGACCCGGCGCCAGGUGUGCCGAGCCCUGAGUCUUGUACGGUGGCUCCGGUAGCUGCGCCUGUGGAGGAGGAGGAAGAGGAGGAGCAGGAGCCGGAGGUGGAGGAGGACGAUUUCCCAGACCUCACCAGCUUCAAAAUUGAUGAUAUGAAACAGCGGUAUGAGAGUGUGGUAACCAGGCUGUAUUCGGGGAACCAGUGCUGUCUGUGCAGUAUGAGGUUCACCGCCGCUCAGACAGACAUGUACGCCGACCACCUGGACUGGCACUUCAGACAGAACCACGCCGGGAAGGUCGCCAGCAAGAAGAUCACACACCGCCGCUGGUACUACACACUCAGGGACUGGAUCGAGUUCGAGGAGAUCGCCGACCUGGAGGAGCGAGCCAAGAGUCAGUUCUUUGAGAAGGAGAACGAGGAGGAGGUGCAGAAGAGCCAGGCGGCCGCCAAGGAGAAGGAGUUCCAGAGCGUGAAGGCCACCAAGGACCAAGUGGGAGAGACGUGUGAAAUCUGUCAGGAGCCGUUUGAGACGUACUGGGUGGAGGAGGAGGAGGACUGGUUCCUGAAGAACGCCAUCAGAGUCGACGACAAGAACUUCCAUCCUUCCUGUUUUGAAGAUUAUAAGAAUACGUCGUCAUACAUCGACGUCACUCCGUCGCCCAAAAAGGUGCUCACUGACCACCCGCUGAGUGCCUUCGUGAAAAAAGAAGAGGAGGAGGAGGUCACUUCCUGUGCGGUCACUUCCAGUGCUGUCACUUCCUGUGCGGUCACUUCCAGUGCUGUCACUUCCUGUGCGGUCGCUGCCGUCAAACAGGAAAUGGAGCCUGAGGCGGUAGAGCUUCCUGAAGUGAAGAAGGAGAAAGAAGAAGAGGAGGAGGAGGAGGAGGAGAUUUUAACAGACGAAGUGCAAUCGGAUCAGACGCCGGAUCAGACGCCGGAUCAGACGCCGGCGUAACGCUGCCGCUGCCUCGCCGUCACUCUUCCUGUUUGUGGACAGGAAAUGUUUUUUAGCGUGCGAGGCGAGUCCUCAGCAACACAAACGUAAAUACAUUUUUGUAUUUGGAUCCUGCGCGACCAUUUCUGGUCUCUGUGAAUCGAACGACAGGUGAACUUUUAUUUAAAAGAAGAUGUUGUUUCUUUGGGUAAAAGCUGUAAAUGAUUUAAUUUAUAAAUUAAAGUAUUUUUGGUAUCUCUGGUGUAACAGUGAUUGAGUCCGACAGCUGCUGCCUGUUAGUCUGUAAAUAGUUUAUUGAUGACGCUAGUUGCAGGUGUUGAGUUGUUUCUGGCUGCGUUAAAGGUAAGCAUCAUCCGAUUGGGCGGCCACGGACUCCGCCCGCUCUUCAGGAAGCGUCUCUCCGAGGAUCUCAGUCGUCUUUCUGUUGGUUUUUCUUUGAGUUGAUCUUCAAUAAAGAGUCUGAACCUUGUUUGUGUGAACAGUGAUUGAUCUCUGCCUCAGUUUUAUUGUCAUUUAGCUUUCAAAACUACCAAUAAAGGUUUAGUGGAUUUAAA